UAUACACUUCUCCUUUUAGUUUCUUCUAAACCACCUAUCUUUAUGAUCUCAUUUCUUAUAAUUUUCUUGCCCUUUCCCAUUCAAACCUGGAUUUCUUUCUUUUAAUCUUCUUAGUCACAUAUACUAAUUGAGUCUUGGUUGUGUCCUUCUCUUUCUCUUUGACGUGAAAAUAAGAAACCCAAAAAAGUUCGUUAAAUUAAGGAUCUUCUUAAUAUUGGUUGGUAUAUGUUCAUAUGGUUGGUAUAGUGAUGGAUAAUUGCAACAGCGGUUCAAGUUCUGCUCCAGCACCUUUCUUAUCAAAGACAUAUGAAUUAGUAGAUGAUCCGUACACAAAUCCAGUCGUUUCUUGGAAUCACAAUGGCCGUAGCUUUGUUGUUUGGAAUCCACCUGAGUUUGCCAGAGAUUUGCUUCCAAAAUACUUUAAACACAAUAACUUCUCCAGCUUUAUCAGACAACUUAAUACUUAUGGAUUCAGAAAGGUUGAUCCUGAACAAUGGGAAUUUGCAAAUGAGGAGUUUUUAAGGGGACAGAGACAUUUAUUGAAGAACAUUUAUAGACGAAAGCCGAUUCACAGCCACUCUGCAACAGGAUCACAAUCUGUGGCGCCAUUGACUGAUUCAGAAAGACAAGAAUAUGAAGAAGAAAUUGAGAGGCUAAAAAGGGAAAAUAGCUUACUUCAGUCAUCAGCUGAAAAGCAUGAGAAAUUUAAUCAAGAAUAUGAGUUUGGUGUUAAGUCUAUGGAACAACGUUUGCAGACUAUUGUUCAGAGGCAGGGAAAAUUAAUAUCCCUUUUGGCUCAAUUAUUGCAAAGGCCUGAAUUUUCGUCCGAUUUUAUUCAGUACACAAACAAUAACAGCAAGAAAAGACGGUUGUUAGUUUCCAAUUACUUGAUUGAGGAAGAGAAUGCAACUAACUCUAUAGUUGGUCCUAAGUUGGACAUUGAGAUAGUUAAAAAGUUGGAAUCUUCGAUCAAUUUUUGGGAACGUUUUCUAUAUGGAAUUCGGAAGACUCCAACCGAAGAUCAAAUGUAUGAUUUCGAGCAUACACAACCUUUACCUUCACCAAUUGUUAUACGCGAAAUGGAUACUUCAUCAGAUGAUUCUGGUAAAAGAAACUCUCCUAUCGAUCACUCAUCAUCGCCUUCAAGGGAUAUACAAUCUUCGCCCGAGUUAGGAGGACCUUUGAGUCCAGUCAUAUCAUCAAUUUAUAUCAAUCUCGAAUGCCAUCUUAAGCCAUCAGAUCAGACUAAUGCAAAUACCAAGAUCACCAGUACUAUGAGUAUUGAUGCGACGAAAAAUCAGGCUGAGGGUAACACUGACAUGUCUAAAUCAGUGUCAAACUCGGGUAAUGAUGUAUUUUGGCAACAAUUCUUAACUGAGACUCCUGGUUUAUCUGAGCCGCAGGAAGUUGAGAUGGUAAGUAAAGACAUCAAUGGCUUAACGUGUGAUAGCAUGCUAGCAGAAAACCAGAGAUAUUGGUGGAGUCGCGGAUUUAAUGUAGAAAACCUUGCUGAACGUAUGGGGCUUCUCAGUCCAGCUACGGAAAGCUGAGCUGGUUCACUCUUUCUUUGUAUAUGUCUGAAUGAUUGCGUAUACGUGUUCGUGACACGCAGCGGAAGACAAUAAUAAUUUUUCGUGUUUAAAAUUUAUUUACAUGUCAAAGAUCGGAUCUGAGACGUACUUGGUGAAGAGUGACUCGUUUUAG